AUGCAGACUGGAGGCCUCGAGGAGCGCAAGAAGGCGCUCGAGAAGAAGUUCGUCGAGAAGCGGCCGCCGCUCGCCUACGCCAAGCUCAGCGGCCGCGUGCUGGAUGACACGCCGUUUGAAAAGCUCGUGACGCACUUGCCAGCUGAGCUCGGCCGCGGUCCCCUCUCGGCGGUGCCGGACCACCGCAUUGCUUUAGGGGAACAAAAAGCUAUUUCUCGUCUGCAUGCGCGUAUCCAGUGGAACCAGAGCGAGAGUUGUUUCGAGAUGCAGUGUCUGGGCAAGAACGGCAUGUUUGCCGACGGCAAGUUUGUGGCCAAGAACCAGACGAUCAAGCUCAGUUCGAAGAUGCCGCUCAAGAUUGGCCACGCGCGGAUCUAUUUCCUGUGUGCCAUUCGCUCGACGAUCAGCACCAUGAGUGGUUUUAAAAUUAUUCAAAAAGCAUUCGAGAAAGCUAAAUAUCAUAAAGGAGUGACGGCCAUGACGGCAGACCAAGUGUGUGACCAGAUCCUUGAGAGCUACACCAAGAGUGAGCACGAACUGGGCGGCAAAGAACAUUUGCGGACAUUUGUCACAGCGUAUCUACAGGAGGACACGGGGUCGUUUGAUCGUGUUGGAGACGGAUCUUGUCCAGUGCCAAGCUAUAAAAUGAAACCAGUGGCAGCUGUUGGCGAACCAAAAAAGAGUGGAACGGUCAAUUUGACGACCACGCCAGAGGAGAUCAGUGAGGCUGCACUGAAGAAGCAGAAAACUGCCGCGGUCAUGGUCGUCUUCGCCCAGGAAUGA